CAAUCAGAGCGUAGAGCACAGGGAGCGCCGCUGUUUGAAUGUGCUCCGGAAAUAGCCAACCAGGUUCGCAGCCGAUUUUUUGAGAGGUUAGCCUUAAAUAGUUAGAAUGUAUUUCGCUUACUGAUUGAAAAGAAAAAAAAAAACAUAGGCAAAAACUGUAGGUUGGAUGGAAACCAGCAGAUAUUUUAUUUACAAACGAUCAUGAUUGCUAAGCUAUGUAGCUAACCAUUGCUUGCUAACUUGAUGACUGCAACGUAUACACGAAGCUAGCCUUUAGAGAGGCUGUUCACUAUGUUAUAUUCGCUGCCAGAAUACUGGGACAGUGGCGUUUUUGUUCAGUGUUAAGCUGUUAGACGGUUGGUAGUUUUUUUUUUUUUUUUAUUGGUUCCACGUGAAAAUGAUUUAGAGGUUUAAAGAAAGUAAUUUAAUUAGAAAGGGCUGGGUUUUGUUGUUUCCCGUGUACCUUGUUCACAACACCGUCGCAGAACGUUUAUAGUGCGUUUUUUAAAGAAACUAUUUACAAUCAUGAAAGUCAUGGAGAAAAAUGUGAUGCGUUUAGCGGCUGUUCAGCACCUCCGCACUGCUUAUGGGAUAAAGACAAAGAACUGGAACAAAAAUAAAGCAACCAGCUGCAAGUCGACAGCCAGCAAUUUGGGAAAAGUUUUUGGCGUACCCCUGGACAGCUUGCCAUACUAUAAUAUGGAAUACGGAAGUGUGCCAAGCUUUCUGGUUGAUGCUUGCAUGAAACUGCUUGCACAUGUUGAAACAGAGGGCCUAUUCAGGAAAUCAGGUUCUGUCGUACGGCUAAAAGAACUCAGGGCUAAACUUGAUGCAGGAGAAGAGUGUCUACCAACAGCUCGUCCCUGCGAUGUCGCAGGUUUGGUGAAGCAGUUUUUCAGGGAGCUCCCAGAGCCCAUAUUACCCACGGAGCUGCAGGAGGCCUUUUUUAAGGCCCAGCAACUCCCCUCUGAGGAGGAGAGAACCUCUGCCACCAUGCUGCUGUCCUGUGUGCUGCCAGACAAAAACAUUUGCGUGCUGCGCCACUUUUUCGACUUCCUUCACAAUGUUUCUCAGAGAAGUGCAGAGAAUAAGAUGGAUAGCGGUAACUUGUCUGUAAUUCUGGCCCCCAACCUCCUUCACUUUGGAGACGGAACAGAGAAGAUCAAUUCCAACAUGGAGAAGCGCCUUAAACUACAGGCAGCCAUUGUGCACUGCUUCAUAGAGAACGCCCACAACUUCGGCGUCCUACCUCGGUUUCUUCAGGAGAAGGUUCCUGCCAUGAUGGGCUGUGAGCCAGGGGCUUCAUCUCCUGCUGAGGAUGAACUAGAGGAGAGAGUCUUAACCUCAGGGAUGAAGAAGAAAAACAGACGCAGCUUUGGAGAUAUGGUCUGUGGUGCACUGAAUAAGAUAAAAACUAAUAGAACUCCCUCAAAUAUCACCCAGCCAGACAGUCUUGUGUUUUCUUCUACAACUCCUGUAGUGGCAACACCAUCCUCAAAGAGAAAACUUCCCCUGGAACUUCGUCACUCGUUUGGAUUGUCAAACAAGAAACGUAGAUCUGUCAAAAAGAACCUUGGGACAGAGCUGCUCCCCAGCACUCUGUUCAGCGGGACCUCCACUCCUGGAUCAGCCUGCAGUGCUUCAGGAGUCUUGGACUUGUCCCAAAAUGUCUUGUCAGUAGGGAGGUCUAACAGGCUACCAUCUACCUCUGCAAGAAGGAAGAGUAAGCGAUUUAGCCACAGGCAUGUUGUCAACAGGGUUGAAUCUGGAAGAGCUGGCUGCUUUUCUCCUAAAGUCAGCAAAAAAGAAGCUCCGCUCAAGUCUCUGCGCCUGCGUUUCAGCCUGGGGAAGAGCAACAAAGAUGCUGGGUCUGAGUCCAUUGGCUUGCGGCUUGCCACUCAGGAAAGCACCACCGGCUUCCAUUUCAAGCAUGAGAUGGAGUUUAUCCCCUCAAAUCUGGCCAGAAAAACUGAAGCAAAGAGCUCAAAAUACAUUAGCAAGUCAGAAGAUAACCUGCUGACCCCACAGUGUGAUUCAAGUACCCACCAGGCCUCCUGGAUCGUGGAGACCCCUGUUGGAACACGGGCUUUAAACAGAGGGUCAUUCACAGAUACUCCGUUGACCACAAGCCACCAGGGCAACUACAUGUCUGAGCCAGCCAUCGUUGUUUCCAAGCCGUCACCAGCGAGUGUUCUUCCCAAGAAGCUGUGCUGCACUUCUAGCUCGGAGAGCCUCAAGAGCGCCUGCUCCAUCGCUGAACCGCUAAGACAAAAUGAUCCAGCUGGAAAAAUCCAGAAUGAUGUCACAGAGCUGGAGAAUGACCUCCAGGCUUCCAAACGGGGCUUCUGCAGCUCGGUUGGAGAAAGUGGGAUUAAAUCUUCAGCAAAGAUUCCUGGUACUCCAGCUUUGGCCUUUGAAGUUGAUACCUACUGCCCACCAACUGAGGCUGAUGAACAAAAUGUCACUUUUGGUCAAUUCAAUAUUGAAGCACUCACUCCUUUGCAUAUUGAUAGUGGAGUGUUUGAGUCUAGUGCAAACUGUAGUCCAGUAAUUAACAGAGGUUUAUCUCCUCCCUUUGGUCGCUGUAGCAAUUCCACAUUAGGGUCAGUUGAAAGGGUACCACAGCAGAUGAACUGCAGCAGGCUUAUUGAUGCUUUGGACAUACAGAGUCCUGCUCAUUUCUCACUGGGUGUCACCUCUGGGCUCCAAUCAACUCCAUACAGGCCAGGUGUUGAACUCGAAGAUGAACCAAAUAUGCCAAGCAAAGCUGAAAUUUUAGGAAGCAAAUCAUAUGAAGAGGUAAAGAUUUCCCCUGAGUCUCGAGCUAAAGUCAAACAUCAACCGUCCCUCUCACCAGAUGGCCUGCAGACCCAAAAGCGUCGGGUAGUAGAUCACAUCCAACACUUCAACAAGCUCACCCUUUACUCUCCUACAAGCUCAAAAAACAAAGAAAUAAGAUCUCCCAUGAAGUUCCAGCGCACCCCUGUGAAACUGACUGUACGCAGGAUCAACUCUCUGACUGGAGAGAGCAGGAGACCCGGUAAAGUCGCAGAGCUCACUGCUCGUCAGGCUGGUCAUGUGACAAAGACUCUGAGUCUGGAGAGUGGCCUCUCCCCUCAACUGCGGCUCAGGCCACAAGUAGAGCGGUCCAACAGCAUGGUUCCUGUAAAGAAACCCCCUCCUGUCCCACCAAAAAGGCUGAACACCUUGCCCCGAAAAGUCACGCCCUGUGCCUUGGGUGACAUGACCAACAAAGUCCUACCAAAAGCCAGAAUGGAGUGCUCUGUGUCUGAUCCAUCUGCAGCCCAGAAGCCUUUCAUUGUGCAGCAGGUUGACAAGAAUAACAUGAGCCAUUACAGAGGUUCUCCCAGAAACCCUCUCAACCAUGGUCAACUUCUGUCUGCUACAAAACCUGUUGACAUAUAGGAGAUGCCCCCUUUCUAUUUUUUCCUUUUGCUAUGUGGGUUUCUUUUCCCCAUGAUAUUAAACAUUCCGACAUUUUCCUUAAGCCCUAAUUUAUUUUAGCUGCAUUAGGUUUGUGUUGUUUUAGCUUGUUGGGAGACGUUCAGACGCCUUAAGUGAAAUGCAUAUCACUCUGUAAGGUUGCAUGUUAAGUAUUGAGAUUACAUUGUUCAGGGUAAGUUAUGUAAAAUGUUGAUCGUUGGUGGUAUGUAUGGAGAUGUAUGGGGUGUUAUGAUUUUAUUUAAAAACCUUAAAAUAACUCGUAACUUUGUUUCUUGGGGUAAAAUGUUGGAUUUUUUUAUUUUUUUUUUGUUGUCACAAAGUUUUCUUGCUGUCCUGUCAUGAACUGAAAGAGAAGGAAAAAAAAAACUUUUUUUUUUUUUGGAUGAAUGUACAGAAGGGGAAAAGCCAAACAGUGUUGCUAAAUCUGUAUGCAUUCAUUUUCUUUUUUAAGCGCUGUGAAAUGAUCUAGACAAAUAAAAAAGGCUUAAUACUUUCCAGUAUUUGACAGGGAAAUUUUCUUCAUCUACCUGGUGAUUAGAUCAACUCACUGUGGAACCACAAGGGGGCGUCCUUUAGUUACUUCUCCACUGGCCUCGGAUCAAACUGAAUCAGGGUCAGGAAUUCAUCCUGUCAAACCCCGACGCUUGGAUGACUCCGUGUAGCAGUUUUAUCUAGAUUUACGAACAUGUUUUUAGCUCUUGAGAAAUGCUUUUAGUUCACGAGCUGUCUUUGAACAAAUUCUUGUGCAAGAUUUUAAUCUGGCCUGAGAUUUUGUUAGAACACAAACUUUUCUCUGUUAUUUGUAAUAUCAACAAUCUUAACCAAACAGUUGACAAUAAAAACUCAAGAGCUUUGAAAAAUA